AUGAGUACCUCUGUUCCUGGACCCUUUUUCACAACAGCUACGCCGGCAGACCACGUAACUGAAGACUUCUCCUCCAGCAUUGGAUAUUUUGAGGUUUGAUAGAGUUUUUUGUAUUUAUUCCUAAAGUAUUUUGUCUCAGAAUCUGUCAGAAAGUGCUAUACACGCGUUUUUCGAAAUCAAUGCUACUGUGGAAUGGAUUAAAAACGGAAAUCAUCGACGGAUAGCUCUUCAAUUCCCGGACGCACUGCUCCCUUUCUCUGAGAAAGUGACCGCGUUAAUAGAAGGCAAAAUACGAGCAGAAACAUCACCUGAAGAAGUCAAGAAAACGUUCGUCCUCGCUGACACAUCAUACCGCAGGUAAAUUUCAACAUUCAAGCAAAACUGAAAUGCUUUCUUGUUCAGUUGCUGUGUGGACGAAGUGGCUGCUGCUCAUGCAGAUUGCACAGCUCUUGUUCACUUCGGAGAAGCCUGUCAUAGUGCACCAACUGAAAAACUCGAUGUAAAGUGAGUUUUCGAGUGUAUUCUAUGACAACUACGCAGUUUCAUGCAGGUUUGUUCUCGGAAAUAUGUCAGCGUGCAUCGAUCAAUUUAAAUGGGAGUUUCAAACGAUUGGGAAUCAGUUAACUGCCGAUCAUGCCGUCCUUCUCAUGGAUUCGUGCUUCGCUCAUGAACAAGAAAAAGUUAUCGCUGCGAUCAAAGAGAUACUUCCAUCAACUCGACAAGUAGAAAGCGCGUCGCUUCCCAGCGCAGAGUCUUUAAAACUGGACCGAAAAAAUGUGAGCCUUUAGUUUUUAGCUGUUCUCCGUAUUCAUUCAACUGCAUUCCAGAUAUAUUUGGGUCGAGAAGUACCUCCUUGUCUCCGGGACAAUCUGCCCACCGACCUGAUCUUCUGCGGAUUCCCGAAUUCUCCGCUUCUUCCCAUUUGGCUGCUCUCCUAUCCGAGUUGUAUAACGGUGACUCACUUCAAUCCGUACGACAAAACUAUUCAGCAUGA